UUCCCUGGAAGGACAGAUAGGAAGUCGUUCCAGAUCCCAAUAAAUUUCUUACUCUCAAUAGGAAUACCACAAAAUGUUUCUCGACACAUAAGAAGAGAAAAGGCUCACACCUCCUUGUGGUCGGUGUAAGGGAGAAUAAACGCUAAAUGAGCUUGAACUCUAUAAUAGAAGUCUUUUUAGAGCAUUCGAGGUAAAAUCAAUGAACAGUUUCUCCUGGAAUCGAUUGUUCUGCCAGCAGGCCUGGAUUGAGGGACUUGUUCUGUGGACCGUCUCGCCGGUCUUUCUGCUCACCUGGAGUUCACCGGCUGUGGAUUUACCCUCACAAAAAAACAUCUUUGCUUUGCAUUUGUUGCAUUCUUAAGCAAAUGACGGCCGAACUGGUAAGACACACGUUUCAAUCCGCAUCCUAAUACGAGCGUCAUCAUGCAUACCUGCAUCAUCACCGGGAUCCACGCCUCCUCCUCUACAGGCUGCCCUUUGCAUGCUUCCCGCGAGGAGAAUGAAGAUCUCACACCGAGUGAGCGUCUGACAAGACAAGUGGACCUUCGAACCUGUCUGAGCUGGUGAGUCGGAGGAAUCUGACCCCAAGUCGGAGGCUGUCUGAUGAUUGGGAUGCUGAUCUAUUUUAGUGCCGUCCUCCUCGGAGCACUCACAUCCCCAACUCCGUCCUCCCCGCGCACCACCAGCACUGACGGAGGACCCUGUCGCAUUUACAACCUGGGCCGCGCUGCAGACUGUACGGGGGGACAGCUGGAGCGUGUCCCCUGGAGACAGUUUCCCUCCACGCUGGAGGACCUGGACCUCUCCUUCAACGAGCUUCAGGCGGUCCACGCCGACGACUUCCACCACCUCGCGCAGCUCCGCGUCCUGAAGCUGCAGUACAAUAACAUCUCGCACAUCGACAGCGAGGCCUUUAAAAACAACGGGCUACUGGAGCAUCUGGACGUCUUCAAUAACUCCCUGGCGGAAAUUCCUGCCAGCGCUCUGACUCCUCUUCUGAAUCUGAAGGUGCUCAACAUGUCCAAUAACCUUUACAAACAUGCAACCUUGGCAAAAAGCUUUUCCAGAUUGGUCAGUCUCAAAGUUCUAUCCAUGGGCGGUCCUUUGGUGAUGGGUCUGAAGAAAGCUGAUUUUCAGCCGCUGAAGAACAUCCGGUUGCAAGGUUUUGCCAUCAAGUGUUCUACUAAUCUGAAAUACUACGAGCCCGGAAGUUUAGAAGUCAUCCAAACAAACCAGAUGGGCUUCGAUAUGGCCAUAGAUCAACAGCCGAGUGCGCUCCCUCACAUGCUACGUGACCUGGCCAACAAGACCUUCAGCGCCAUCCAAUUCCGCAACCUCUUUGAGUUCAUGUACUACAUGGGAGAGGAGGACAUUUUCCAGGGUUUAAAAUACAUCACAGCCCAUCAGCUCAUCUUUCACAGAGGUAAAUUCAAUGAGAAUCUGCUCAGGAUGGCAUUGAUAAACCUACAGGUGACGCCUAUCAAAAGCUUGAGGCUGCAGUACAUCGACUUUGCCCGCUCACCCACAUUUGUCGACAGCGGAGCGAGUUCCAGCAUCACAGACCUGGCACUGGACAAGUUGGAUAUUUGGUAUGUCAGCAAUCCAGAUGUGCUGCGAUUCGACUGGCGCUUCACCUGGUUCAACAAAAUUAAGAAACUCUCCAUUCAGCACGUGGACUUCAACUCGUCGCCCUGCGACUCCUGGGUGGAGAUGGAAGGCGUGGAGCAUCUGGACAUCUCCAACAAUCGACUUAAGAACGAGUUCAUCUUCAACCAGCGGUGCAAUUACCAGGGCGCCAUGCCCAAUCUUCGCACCUUCCAAAUCAACACCAAUGAGCUGACCAGCUUGAAAGUAGUUUCGUUGCUCACUAAGGAGUUCCAGCAGCUGCAGGUGUUGGAUUUGAGUAACAACCAACUGGGAUCUGCUGGCAACAGUCGGGACUGCGUGUGGCACAAAAGCAUCACUCGGCUCGUCGCUCACCACAACCCGUUCGAGAGCGAAGCCCUCCGAUGUCUUCCCACCACAUUGCAAUACUUGGACCUGUCCUACUGCGAACUGGACCAGCUGGACAUGGGUUAUUUUAAGAGAGCCACCAGCCUAAAAGAGCUCCUGCUGAGCGGGAACAAAAUCAAGUUCAUCCCCUCCAUGUGGAAAAGCUCGUCGCUGCAGUCGCUGGCUUUGGAUGGGAACUCGUUCGGUCUUAUAAGCAGGGCGUCCUUCCAGGACAUGCCUCAACUCUCCCAAUUGAAGGCGGGGAACAACCCUUACCACUGCACCUGUGAGCUCCACUCCUUCGUCCAGGACACGAUGAACAAAGCGAAGGUCAACCUCACAGACUGGCCUUGGAACUACAGGUGUUACCACCCGGAGUCCUUGCGCAACACAGUCAUAUCCAAGUUCCUCCCGAGUCAAGUGGCUUGUGAUAUCCGACUAGUUGUCAUCAUCAGCGUCACCACCACGGCAGUGGUGAUCUUGACAUUGAUGCUGAUAUGCUAUAUUUUUGACCUACCGUGGUACACUAAAGCCACGUAUCAGAUCGUCAGGGCCAAAUACAGAGCUCACAAAGAGAAAGCGGCAGGGGAAGGCGGAGCUUUUACUUAUCACGCCUUUAUAUCGUACAGCCACUCUGACGCGGACUGGGUGAGGAACCAGCUCCUGCCUUGUUUGGAGAGCAAUGGGAACUCCUAUCGUCUGUGCAUUCAUGAGAGGGACUUCAUGCCAGGAAGGUGGAUAAUCGAUAACAUCAUUGACAACAUUGAAAGCAGUCGUAAGGUAAUAUUUGUUCUCUCUCGGCACUUCGUUAACAGCGAGUGGUGCAACUAUGAGCUGUACUUCGCCCAGCAGAGAGCAGUGGGAAAGACCUUCAGUGACGUCAUACUGGUGGUGAAGGAACCAAUGGAUCCAAACUCCUUGCCCAGCAAGUACCUGAAGCUGAAGAAGAUGCUGCGCACCAAGACGUACCUGGAGUGGCCCCAGCAGGUCAACCAGCAGGCCUUUUUCUGGACCCAGCUAAAAGGUGUCCUGGGCAAGCCAACAGCGACCCAGAAAAGGACUCACAGUGUUAAGAGCCGAACGUCCUCUGCAGGAAGCGCUUCUGUGACUGGGACCUUCAUUGAAGACCCGAACCUGGAAGUAGCAAAACAUAGAGUGGAGAAAGAAGCAGAACCCAAGAACGAGCGGAAUGUCACUGAGCAGUCAAAUCAGAGACAAAUCCCUAUGGUUGCAUUUUGACCAAAAGGUUAGCAAGAUAAAGAUAUUUUUUCUGCGCCGUCUCAGAAAAGGCCAAGUGCCACGCGAUCGGCUCUGAAAGGGCCGCAAAAGGGAUCCCCCGUGCUGCACUCGAGGUAAGAAGCGCGGCAGCGGGAAAGCGCCGCAUUGUGAGAGCGCCGUGCUCUGUCACGCUCAGGAGACCACGAGCACGUCAAUGGCCAAACCGGUCACACGAUACUUCCCAAAGGGCUUCAUGCAAAUAACAACAGAUUUGUACUUCCUAAGUCUACAUAUUUGUACUUCCAUCCACUGUUGUUUGCACUGCUGAUCAUUUCUCUUUAGACCCUUUUUUAAGUCAACUUGCACGUGCCGAUUUGAAUGCUUUUUAAACUUGAGCUGAAUGUUUCUCUGAAGUUAUUUUCCUUUUCAUUCUUACAUGCAGUCGUUGUGUAACAACUUGAAGACAGGUUUACGUGUCAUUGUGCAGUUUGCAAAUGGCCAGCAGAUGACACCCUUGAACUCAUUAUUUUCAUGUUGAGAGAGAGGAAAGAGAUUCAGAGAUUAAUUUCAUCAAUAUACUCUAAAUAUGCCAGAAAUAUGUUGUUUUAAAAUGUUGCUGUGAAAUAAUAGCUGCUGAGUAUUUACUGUGAAACAAGCGCUGUUCUAAAGGUUCAAGCGAUAUUACAAGUACAUGUUAUUCUGAUUCGAUGCCUUUGUUGUUUACUUCAUUUGUUAAUGUUAAACUUGUCUGUACUGAUGAGAGAAAGAAAACUACUUCUUAAACUUAAAUAUUAUAAUAAAAUAUUUGGCCCAGAAUCA